UUACUCCAUUAUUUAAGUGAACAAUCAUUAUGUAAAUUUUCUAUCAAAAAAACCAAAAAAAUAAAAAAAAAAAAAAAAUAAAAAAAAUUCAUACAUUUUCAAUUUCAAUUUCUUGUAAAUAAAUUAAGAAGGGGAAAAGGGUGACGAUAAUAAGUUCAUUCUUCAAUUACAAUUCGCAAUUUCAUGAUUACAAUCCUCCAUUAAAAUAACUUCGAAUCUCCAUUAAUUGCUCUCUCUUUCCUUGAACCACCGAUUCUCGCUACUCAAUAAGAUCUCAAUCAACAUGGAUUUCAUGAAGGUUGUCGAUCAAGCUGUUCGCGAAAUAAAACGAGAGGUGAACUUGAAGGUAUUGAAGGUUCCUGAGAUCGAACAAAAGGUGCUGGAUGCAACUGAUAAUGAGCCUUGGGGCCCUCAUGGAAGUGCACUGGCAGAAAUAGCUGUAGCCACCAAAAAAUUUUCUGAAUGCCAGAUGGUUAUGAAUGUUCUCUGGACAAGAUUGGGAGAAACUGGCAAGGAUUGGCGUUAUGUUUAUAAGGCACUGGCUGUGAUAGAGUAUCUCAUUGCCAAUGGAUCUGAACGAGCUGUUGAUGAGAUCAUAGAACAUACUUUUCAAAUCUCAUCGCUCGCAAGCUUUGAAUAUGUUGAACCAAGUGGAAAGGAUGUGGGGAUCAAUGUCAGAAAGAAGGCGGAAAACAUUGUAGCUCUUCUUAAUAACAAGGAUAAAAUAGAAGCAGCUCGGAAAAAAGCUGCUAGUACCCGUGAGAAGUAUGUUGGCCUCUCAUCUACGGGGAUAUCGUACAAGUCAAGUUCUGCUUCUUAUGGUGGUGGCAGUUCCCAGAGCAGCAACAGGGUCAGGUAUGGAGGCUUCGGUGGCAGAUAUGAUGAUGAUGGUUACAGAAGCAGAGAUGAAGACUAUUCUGGGCAAGAUAAAUUUGAGAAAUUUGUUCCCAAGUCUUAUCAAGGAGCUUCUGCUGAAAGGAAAACAGCUCAUUAUAGCAGCAAAAGCCAGGAUCUUCCUUCGGCAGGUUCUGCAAAAGACGAAUACUCUUCCAUUUCACAACGGAAUGCAAAUACUCCUUCAAAUGGUCAGUUAGAUGAAGAUGAUGAUGAUUUUGACCCCCGGGGAACUGCUGCAACAAAGCCUGCUCCUGCAAGUUCACAACAAGUGGAUCUGUUUGGAGAAAGUUUAAUUGGAGACCUCUUGGAUGCACCUACAAUUGCUCCUCCACAAAGCGAUGCUGUAAGUAGCAAGUCAUCCGAUGUUGAUCUAUUUGCAGAUGCUGAUUUUGUUUCAGCUGCCCCUCCAGUGGAAGUAAGAGGGAAUUCUCAAACUCAGGCCAAUAUUGAUCUAUUUGCUGCCCAACCUGCACCAUCCACUGCACAACCAGCACCAUCGGCUGCAGUGUCUUCAACAAUGGACUUCUUUGCAGCAUCUGAUCCAGUUGUUCCAUCUACAAAAUCUGAAAGCACUGGGCCAUCAAAUGUGAAUUUUGUAGAUCCGUUUGCAACUAUUCCAUUGGAUAGCUUUGAUGGAUCUAAUGUUUUCGGAGCUUUUGCAGCUCAAACUGAUCAAUCAUCUGCAUCACCCACAGAAAAUCCCCAUGUGAAUAAUGCUGUGUUGGAUUCGAAUACCAAAUCCUUACCUGAAACAAAAGCACCUCCAAAAAAGGACAAUUUCCAGGUUAAAUCUGGAAUUUGGUCUGAUUCUUUGAGCCGUGGACUGAUUGAUCUUAAUAUAUCUGCUCCCAAGAAGGUAAAUCUGUCAGAUAUUGGAAUAGUUGGUGGUUUGAGUGAUGGUUCAGAGGAGAAGCAGAAGGCACCUGCAACAUCAUAUAUGGGUAUGGGUAUGGGUAUGGGUUUGGGUACAGGGAUGGGUAUGAGUAUGGGUAUGGGUAUGGGUAAUGGCACAGGUACAGGUAUGGGUACGAGUACUGGAUUUGGUGGAACUGGUGUUAAUCCAACUACUGGCGGGGAUGAUUUUUUCUCAAGCUUCACCAGCAACAGCCAGUAUCAGUUUGGUGGCUUCCAGAAAUGAUACAAUUCGUUUUUAUAGGAUUCUUUUGGUGACCUCAAUAUUUGUUUGUUUGAUUGGAGGCUUAAUUUUCAAGCAUUUUUUCAGCAUGGUGGUCUAGAUUAUUUUUCGAAGAAUGCCAUAUUGUGUUCUGAUAUAUCAUCAAAGUGAAUUAUUAGAGCCUAUAAUGCAGAUUAAUGAGGAGCUUUAUUUUGAGUGCACCCGCUACUCUGUAAUGUUGUAUGUACUUGAAAAGAGGGAUUUGAUGUCUCGAUUCUGUUCUGUGUUCAUGUAUUUGAAAUUUUGAGUGAAUUGCGUUUAUAUGCUGUAUAAAAGAGCUAUGAUUCAAGUGAACCAAAUUGGUAGAGUAUAUGAUUUUAAAGAAAACUGAAUGCCAAUACCUUGUUAAUUUCUUC